UGACGUAAUGAGUACGUUAUACCAACAAUUAUUGCUGCUGCUGCUGCUAGCGCUGCUGCUUGUUAGCCGCCCAGUGAAGGCUCAAGAGUUACCUGACGGGCCAGUUGGCCAGUCGGAUGGAGCGACAAGUGCAGUGGCGAAUGGAGCGACAAGUGCAGCGGCUGAUGGAGUGACAAGUGCAACUGCAGCUGACGCGACAACAGGAGCGACAACUGAAGCUGAAUCUGCAACGACAACUGGAGCGGCGGAUGAAGUGGCAACUAAAGCGGCGGAUGGAGCGGCAUCUGGCGCGGCAGAUGAAUCGACAACUGCAGCGGCAUCUGGCGCGGCAGAUGAAUCGACAACUGCAGCGGCAUCUGGCGCGGCAGAUGAAUCGACAACUGCAGCGGCAUCUGGCGCGGCAGAUGAUGCGACACCUGAAGCAGCGGCCGCUGGAUCAGUUACAUGUGCGCCCGAUGAAAUGAUGUCGGAGACCAAGGGCUGCGUUAAUCGCGAUGCAUUUAUCAAGGGCCAGCUGCUGGGCACCUGGGAUAACAAUGAUCUUAAGGAUGUAAAAAAAGGUGCAGGCAUUUCACGCAACGGCGAGUGCAAAGAGAAUGAGACACUGACAGCCAUGGGCUGUGCGCCGGACAAGAAGCCGCUGCGUGCCAACAAAUGGGAGCGUGCGCAUGUGGUCGCCAGUCAUUUGUACGGGAAUCGCGUGUAUAAGCAUGGCGAGGGCAAUCCCGAUGCCGUCGAGGACAGCAGUCUGCCCAAGCCAAAGCAUCGCAAGCCCACCUCAGAUGAGAAGACACUGAUGAUGCAGCGCCAGCUGGCAAAGAAGAAUCGAGAUGGCGAUCGCGUUAUAGGACACAAUCGGCCGCGCGACUAUGUCUAUCUGCCUGGUCGACUGCUCAAGGGCGCACGCAAGUGUCGUCCGUAUGAAGUGCUGGGACGCAAGUCACGCUGCAUACGCAAAAAAGGACCCACUGGCACUUAUAAGCACAAUGAGCACAAGUUUGGGCUGCAGAAGCGACAUCGCCAUGAGGCGCACAAAGCUGAGCAAACUGAGAGCUGAAAAUAAAAUAUAAGCCCAACUGCUUGUCAAAUUUAG